AUGACACUCUCACUGAGCUUGGAUGGGGAGGUGGAAUUGAUUUUUAAGUUGGUGGCUGUACAGAUCAGUGUGUGGCAGUGUGGAUAUAUUGGUGUGUGAUGUGAAACAGAGGGAGGGGUGCACCGGGAAAAAGGGGAGAGAGAGAGAGAGAGAGAGAGAGAGAGAGAUGUGAUGACUGGAGCGGCUCUAGAGAAGGACUGAACAGUCAUCUGUGUUUCUUGGUUGAUUGUACCUGAGUGCUGCCACGAUGCCAGAGUGAGUGCUGCCCUUUGGAAAUAAUGGAUUCUUGUUUUGUUUCUCUUGAGAUCAACUGACUCGUAGCGACUGGACUCAACCACGAUGGAGAACAACACCACAAUCUUUCAGGAUGUGUCCCGGGUUGUAAACCUGACAGAAAUGCCUCUGAACCCUCUUGAAGAGCAGGUCAUAACUAUAUUUUUGACAAUACUCAUCUGUGUAGUCGGGAUUGCUGGGAAUAUCAUGGUGGUGCUGGUUGUCCUGCGCACUAAACACAUGGUGACCCCGACUAAUUGUUACCUUGUCAGCCUGGCUGUUGCAGACCUGAUCGUGCUCCUGGCUGCAGGGCUGCCCAAUAUCUCUGACGUUAUAGCCUUCUGGAUAUACGGGUACACCGGAUGUUUGUGUAUAACUUAUCUUCAGUACCUGGGCAUCAACGUGUCGUCAUGCUCCAUCACAGCUUUUACCAUCGAACGCUACAUUGCGAUUUGUCACUCAAUAAAGGCACAGUUCAUAUGCACCGUUUCCCGGGCCAAGAGGAUCAUAGCAGGGGUCUGGAUCUUCACCUCACUCUACUGCAUUAUGUGGUUCUUCUUAGUCGACACCGAUGAAACGGUCUACACCAACGGAGUGGUGGUCACUUGUGGCUACCGCGUCUCCAGGAGCUUCUACAUGCCGAUCUAUUUUCUGGACUUCACUUUAUUCUACGUGAUCCCGCUCACUGUGGCCACUGUGCUGUACGGACUCAUCGCCAGGAUUUUGUUCAUGAGCCCUCUGCCCUCACACCUGAGCGACAGGGCCGGAGGAGGGUCGGUUCACCACGGUCACUCCAACAGCACCAACAAGGCUAACAAGAGUGCGGUCUCUGCAAGGAAACAGAUAACAAAGAUGCUGGCUGUGGUGGUCAUCCUCUUCGCCUUGCUCUGGAUGCCUUACCGGACGCUGGUGGUGGUCAACUCCUUCAUCGACCCGCCUUACAACAACACCUGGUUCCUGCUCUUCUGCCGAAUGUGCAUCUACACCAACAGUGCCAUCAACCCCAUCAUUUACAACCUCAUGUCUCAGAAGUUUCGCGUUGCGUUCAAAAAGCUCUGCAAGUGCAAAAGGCAACAAAAGGAAAAGGCAGCAGAGUACAACAUACCGAUUUAUUACAGUGUGAUGAAGGAUUCAUCCCACGAGAGCAAUGACCAGGUCACCGAUCAGGACGAAAUUAGCAGCCAAACCACCAAGAGGUUAAAUGAGACAGAUGACGACGCAAGCACUUUCAGCAUUUCUUAAUAAAGGCUUACUGUAGAUGAGUUUGUCUUAAGCUUUAUGAGGACCGACUGUGAGUGUAUGAUAACUAUUUGUGGGGAAAAAAGACAGCUAUUAGCUUAGCUUCUUUUGCUGGUAAUAACUGAUACUGAGAUUUGUAGAUGUUCUCUUGUUUACUGACAGGUUGAAUUUGGAGAGUAGUAGUUGUCCUACUUUUGUAUCAGUGUUGUAACUGUGUUGUAAAUAUAGUAAGACUAGUACGAUGGUCCUUAUACUUGCAUCGUGUUUCCGUGUUUGGUUGUGUUUUCGCACAUAAUUAUUGUCUAGAGCAGGUGCUGGUUAUGCGUAACUAUGACCUUCUCAAAUCAUCAGUAUAAUGUGUCUCUUGAUUACAAGGACACUUGUGAUUUCCAUCUGCUCAGUUUAUGUUGUUUAUUCAGAUGUGCGACACUCCUCCACAUCAUAGAUACACUCACUUGAUAUAUUCAUCCUGUUUCAGAAAGAAAACAAUAGCAGUAGCGACAAUAAGGGUCUAAACAUUGGUGGCAUUUGUUUCUAACUCGACCAUUCAAUGCUUCACCUCUACGUGCAUUAACCUAACAUUUUUUUCUUCGGGUGAACCUCAUCUUGGCUAAAACCA